GAAACAUUUCAGCACCAUGCCGCGGUCUCAGGUGCUGCCCAGACUCGAAACAUUUCAGCACAUUGCCGCGGUCUCAGGUGCUGCCCAGACUCGAAACAUUUCAGCACCAUGCCGCGGUCUCAGGUGCUGCCCAGACUCGAAACAUUUCAGCACCAUGGCCCGGUCCCCUGACGCCUAGAAACGUGUCAGCACUAUGCAGCGGACAAUAGUGCUGAAAUAGUUAAAGCCCCCUAGAACGUCAUUGAUUUUAAAUUAUUGUGCAAGUGGUUAUAAUUUAUUGCAUGUCUUAGUUUUGCAGCUUUGCAACCUCAGAAUGAUAGCUAAUGGAUUGCAGCGAGUUACGUGUCUGUGCAUGGUGAUGAAUGAGGAUGCUUGAUAAACCAUCAAUUAAAUGCAACAACGUGCACUUACAAAUAUUUUAGUUUGGCAGAACUUUGACAAGCUAUGAUCUGUUUUCUAAUGACAUUGACAAUUCCUAUAGACAUUAGACUUAGGCCUAAUUGUGACAUCAUGUGUGUAUGACAUCUUUGAAGAAUGCCCUGGCUUCAGCCAAUCGGAAUCGAGUAUUCAACAAUGCUUUGGCAUAAUUCAAGGACGUUCAUAUUCACUUCAGUUGUCUGCCGAUGGUUCACUGACGUUUUUUCAAAGGAAGUAUUAGUAUUACCUCUAAACAGCCUACAACAAUAAGCUACACAUCAUGUCAGACGACAGCAAGAACGUGAAAUGUGAGGAUCACCCGGAUGACCAAAAUAAAGUUGUGGAGAAUAUGAAGGAUGAAACAGAGACACAUGAGACCAACAAGAACAGGACAGGAGGCAAGGCUAAACGUAAGUCCAGUGGCCGUGCCAAGAAGACUUCCGUGGAGGAGGACAGCAGCAUUGGUGCAGAGUCUUCUCAGACACCCGGGUGUGGUUUCCGGGAAAGGGGAUCUAUCAUUGAGCAGCUGGAGAAGGAGGCUCAGAGGACUCUAAUGCCUUCUCUCAAGAUUGGGACAUGCUGUGCCCCAAUCCUCCUCUCUUUCCUGAGGAGUCUAACUGAUGACCAAUGGAGAGUGAUUCAGCAUGGCAUGAAAAAUAACCUGACAUUCGAGCAGCUCUCCAUGCUGUGUCUGAAGAUUGUUAAGGUCGUGACCCAGACAGCCCUCCGCAUUCUCCUACCAGCGCUAGCUCGUAUCAUGGGGGUGAACCUGAGGAGUGGGGCAACCUCCCCAGAAUCCCAGUGCUCUCUGACAGGGUCUGAGGAUUCCUUAGGCAGUCUGGAUGAGAGAGAGAAAAGGCUGCUGAUCAGUGAGAUGAACUACUGGACUAAAGAGAGGAGGAGGAAUGGCAGUGCAGGGUGCCGCCAAAAAUCCACUCGCAGAACCUCAUCAUCAUGCUGGUCGCCUAAGAGGUCCCAGACCUCAUUGCAGAGCUUGCCUGCAACUAGAGAGGCUCCCCUCAUGGAGGAGCCUCUGAAGACUCUUUUUGGGGUAACGGAAGAGAGCCUCCUGAUAUCCCUGGUUGAGGGUCACUCCAACCCCACCUCCUCCAGCUCCUCCGAGUUGAGCUGUGCUAUCGUGGGGGAGGUAGUACACCAGCUUAACUCUGGCCUCUCAGUGGCCAUUCAGGCCAGCUCGGGGAGUUGCCCCCCUAUGGACAGUCAGGACAUAGCAGCAGGCAAGGAGGUCAUUCGGGUAGCCUCGGUGCAGAUCCUGGCCGAGCUACAGAGCAAAACGUCUGAGCCAGAGUGGGUAGGGUUUAUCGAGCCCCUCAUGGACCCUGUGACCGAUGAUGUGCUGGAUGCCAUUGUCGGCACAAUGGACAAAAUGGCACAGGACUUCAACAUCCUCUUGGAUCUGGCCAAGAAGAUGACAAUCUUGGGGUCUAAAUUUCUGACCAAUCUUCAAUGUGACCUUGAUGUUGAGUGUCCAUCUGGGAAAGAAGGAACCACUCACUUUCUCAAAGAGACUGGAUCCUCUACCAGUGUGGUGGCCAGAAAGCUUCAGACCCUCUCUAGCCCCGACUUUCAGUCUAAAGCCCUCAAGGCGGUGAGCACCAUCCUUACAAGGAAAGUCAGCAGCUCUUCUGGCAUGGCUCCUUCCUCUAGGCCUUCUAGUGCUGCUCCUAGCCUUACUGAAGCACCCCUGAAUACCAGCUCUACAGCCCUGACAUCUGUAACCUCCACUGCCACAGUGAUUGUUAAGGCAUUUGUGGGAGGCAUGGAGACGAUAGCAUCAUUUGAAGGCACAUGUGAAGCAGCUGAUUGGCCAGUUCCUGUAAAUGACCACAAAACAGGGUCUUCACAGAAGAUAACCUUCUCUCCAGCCCGCACACUCUACGGCCUUAUACGAGCAAAGCUGAGGGACCUUUUAACUCUAUCCGCUCGAGAAGAAGGUGUGGCUAAGGACGCUUCUCUUCAGGAGUCUUCAGACACCCUGGAAAAGGCAACUGUUUCAACUGUUGAGGUCCAGUUACCCAGCACCAAACUUAGUAGAGUUCAUAGUGAGAGCCAACCAAUAUCAGCUCUCUGUCUCUCCAAUCUGGAUACCAGUACUCAAGAAGUUCUUAGCAGUGUUUUGUCCAUCUACAAGUCAGAGUUAUCAAAAGUGGAGAGUAAAUCCUUGGACGUUGUCAGUUCAUCUGAUGAGUCCCUAGAGGCUUGUUGGAUUGUUGAUGGUGUCCUAUCAGAGCUUGAUGACUAUACUAUUUCCCAGUCACCCUCACCCAAUGAAGACUUGAGUGUGAGUACUCAAUGUUCUCAACUGAGCUCAGAAGAGAGUGUCAGAAUCACGCAGUCCUCUACUAGUCUGAUUCAGAGCAUUAAGAAGCUCUCUAGCAAUGACUUUCAGACUCAGGCAGAAGAGGCAGUGAGUAAAGUGCUGAUGAGAUCCAGUCAUUCCUUUAUCACACAGAUCAGCCAUACUGGUCUUCAGAAAAGUCCGCAGGCUGGCUUAUCAUCUAGCUCGCCAUCAGAGAUUGCCUCCAUGUCCUCUCAAAAUACAGCCUCUGGAUUAGUGGAAACCUUUGUCAAAGGAAUGGCGACUAUUUUCCAGAAAAAUGAGUCCACUGGCACUGUGCUACUGGAAAGAAGUGGGAAAGAUUUACAGUGCUCCCACGGGGGCACCCAACUGGAUGAUACUGAAUUGAGUGUUAAAAUAUCAGAGGAGAAGCUUUGGUCAACAGCUAAGACCAUCUGCGUCAGUAUGAAGAACACACUUAAGGAUUUCUUCACAGGGCUGAAGCCAUCCGGAUCCGAAAGGACAGAAAAUGCUUCUUCCAAAGAGACCCUUGGGGAAAUCCUGGUUGCUAUCCAGAGUGAAAUCUCAAACUUAGGGCGAAUGAAGGAUUCCAGGGAGCUCCUUCAGAUCAACGAUAUGGUAGGAACUAUGCUGAAGGAGGUUGAGAAAAGUGAGGAUGACAGUGAAGAAGUCUGCCAAGACAUCCCUAGAAGCUGUUCAUCUUUGUCCACUUCUUUAAAGGGUCGUAGUUCCUUGUCCAGCUCUUCAAAGGGUCCUAGGUCAGAGUGUGAGUUAGAGAUCAACCUCCCUGGCACUCCCAUCCCUGACGAAGUGCCUUUUGAUCUGACCUGCCCCAUAGUCAGGAGCUCCUGCAUCGACAUCAGGGACUCUAAAAUGCCAGAGAUUUCUACAAGUGACCUAAAGUCAAAGAUCAUGGCACACACAGAUGAACCCCUGCAUCGUAACAGUCCAAUGACUGACAGCAGCCGACCACCGAGUGCUAAAGCCUCUUUUCGAUCAUCCGCUCCGUCUUUCACCAGCAAGGGAACCUCUUUGGUACCAAAGGGAGAUGGGAUUGACAUUGAAGAGAAGGAGGUGUGCAUCCCCAGCAGCUCUGGCCAUCUGAGGGAGCUCUUAAUCACCCCGGACAUCAGCAGUACCACUGCAUUCCUACUGCAGUACUUGAUGGACUCCAGCAAAGAUGUUGUCAUGUGUUUGGUCACCAUACUGGUGAUACGGUUGCUAUCGAAGAUCAGACCCUCAGCCCUAGAUGGACCCUCCCAACAGGCAGCAGACAUGACAGAAACAUCUCAGCAACUCAUCAGACAAGUCCUGUCUGAGUUCUGUGCUGCAUCCAGAUUCUCCAGGACACAGGCAUAUUCCCAGAACCUGCACAUCCACAGGGUGUUCAGAGGUGUACAUAAAAACCUCAUGGAGGAGUUUGGCUCUUAUAACACCCUGCAAGCAGCUAUUUCCUCCCAGGACCCUGCAUUUGACAGAGUCCUGGUAAAGUCCUUGACCCAGCAGCUGGUACAGGGAUGCAAGGAGGCGUCAAGACCAGCUUCUGCUGCAACAAACCCAUCAGACCAGGCUGAGACAGAGAGGGGGGCUGAGCAGAAAGCAAGAAGGAGCUUCCUUUGCUUUUCAAUGACCAAACUCAGGAUCAACUUCAAGCGUUCCAAGAGAGGAAACAAAAAGGACUGCCAUUCAGUCCAGGAACAGACUGAGUUUGGAGAGGUUUCUCCCUCCAUAUCUCAGCCUAUCAAAAAACGAUCCUUGAUUGUCAGGGUCUUUUCAGCAAUGAUGAAGCCAUUCAGGUGCUUCACCCAGAAGAACCUGUAA